ACCUGGUGUAAGGCGUAAUCGUAAGAAGCUUUUUAUUAUAACAAUCUUUCAUCAUACCAGGCUCUCCGUUGUAUCCUUACGCAGACUAAAGCUCAGACAUAACAAAGCUUGCGCUAGGUUCGAUAUAAAAAUAAAAUGCUAAAAUGUUAUCCUUAAACUGUUUAAUAUUCGAAAGAUCCGACAUGAAUAAUUUUAAACUGUAUUAAGUGUGCUCUUAUAAUACUCUUAGGCGCGAAAAAUAAUAAACAGUGAAUAUUUAAGAGUUGUCUUUUUAAUCUUUUAAUUGAUACUUUCGUCUUUAACUUUGUCCAUAUCUAUGUAUUGUAUUGUUUUUUUAUUUAUUUAUUUAUUUUUUUAAAAUUAAAUACAGAAAAUGAAAACUAUCGAUAAUCGUUUCUUAAAAAAAGAGUACUACACAAUAACAUAAAAAUAAUAAAAACAAAAUGGAUCGGCCCUCUUGGCUCAAAUUGAUACUCAAGCGAAUUGAUUCCUUUUUGACAGAGGAACGGACUUAUUAUUGCGGAGUGACCAUUAUUAUUCAAAACGACACAGGCGACUGAACAUACCACAAUAAUUUAGCUUUAGAGAAGUUUUUAAUGAAUAGCGAGUAAUACCACUACAAUACAAACAAAAGCUAUUGAAAGUGGUCUGACUCUGACGUACGUCUGUUCACCCCUAUUAAUGAUUGACGUUUUAUAGCCAGCAGAAGUAAAACUCAGGAUUGUGGUUCAUUUAUUUGUAUGAUCUGUUUUUAUGCGACGUUUCAAAGUCGUUUUCUCUGCCGAAAACGUAUCUAAUGUUCUGCAUAAUUUAAAAUUUGAAGAUGGAACGUUUUAAACAAGUGAUUCGUAAUGUACAUAGGCGCAGAGUAAUAAAUAUCAACAAUUUGGAUACAGAACUAAAUAGAUGUUUAAAUACGUUUGACUUGACGAUGGUAGGGGUGAGUUAUACGUUAGGCAUUGGUCUGUAUGUCCUGAUUGGAACAGUUGCCAAUACAAUGGCAGGUCCUGGUGUGAUCUUAUCGAUAAUUAUAACAGCUAUAUGUGCCUUAUUCUCUGCGUUGUGUUACGCUGAAUUUGGUUGCAGAGUGCCAAAAGCUGGUAGCGCAUAUCUUUACGCCUACGUGACUGUCGGUGAGAUUUGGGCUUUGGCGAUAGGCUGGAACAUGAUUUUAGAAUAUAUGGGGUGUGUAGCCGGAGUCUCCUCAGGUUUUGCUGGAGCGAUUGAUGACACUUUUGAUGGCGUCAUCUACAAUUUAACUGUAGACAAUCUUAUGGGCGGACAUCCAUGGACGUCUCCAUACUUUGUUAAAUACCCAGAUAUAAUAGCCGGACUUUUGGUUUUAACGAUCUCAGUUGUCCUACUGUUUGGCGUUGAUAUAUCAUCAAAACUAAACAACAUUUUAGUUUUCAGUCUAGUUAUUGUUCUACUAUUAUUAAUUGGGUAUUGUUUGAAGUUCGCGAACAUUUCAAAUUGGACAGACUAUGGUGGAUUCUUCCCAUUCGGACUCGUAGGUGUAUGUGAGGGCGCAGCUCAAAUGUUUUUCCUCUUUGCUGGCUUUGAAGUUAUUUGCAUAUCAAGCGAAGAAUGUAAAAAUCCAAUCAAAAGUUUGCCUAUUGCAUUGAUAUUAACAAUUGUCGUUAACGCAAUUUUUGGAGUAAUAUCCGCUGUUUGUCUCACUUUAAUGGUACCCUGGACAGAAAUUGACAUAAAGUCUCCUUUUCCCCAAGCUUUUCGAAAAUUCCACGAAAUUGUGCCUACAUACCUAGUAACCAUUGGAACUAUUAUUACAAUUUCUGGGACAAUUCUGAAUGCUUUACAUGGGUUAUCAAGACUCAUCUAUUCAAUAGCAUCAGAUGGACUAUUGUUUCCUCUGUUUGCGCGUCUCUCUGAAAAUCUAGUUCCAGCGAUAACAAUUGUAAUCGUCGGGAUAACCUCUUGUAUAUUGGCGGUAUUUCUCAGUUUUCGUACUCUAGUUCAACUCCUGAACAUUGGCAGUAUAGUAUCAUAUCUAAUCAUAGCCAUCUUAUUGAUUGUUAUCAGGUACAGGCCUGUAGAAGAAAAUGCGAUUUUUUAUCGGGAAGAAGAGAAAAAAGAAAACGUUCAAACUGAUUCUGUCGUAGGUGGCACACUUAAGGCCCAAUUCAAAUUUCUUAAGUUCCUUCAAAGCGAGAUUCCAGGGCGCGUUGUGGUAGCCUCUCUUACAAUGUAUGUCAUAUGCUCCGGAUGCUUCUUAUUUCUUAUUUUUCAUUCGGAUCGGAGCUUGGGAGUCCUGCAUUUAGUUUUUCUUGUUGGCGCAUUCUUAGGUUUCUGCGUGAUUCUGCUCCAUAAUCAAAACGAAGAAGAACCACCAUUUAAGGUGCCGUUUGUACCGCUAGUUCCUGCGAUUUCCAUAGUUUGCAACAUGAUGUUGCUUGCUAAUUUGUCGGGAUUAACGUGGAUUCGCUUCGUAGGUUGGGUGGCGAUUGGUAUGGUGAUCUAUGUUGCGUAUGGGUACAGUCACAGCACUGUAGGACGUAUGAACGAAGAAGAGGCAGAAGCUCUCAAUCCGUACUCUUGUAAUUAUGACACUGAAGAAAUUACUGAAUUUGGAACAAUACCUUUGGACUGUCUGUCACUAGAAACACAAAAGUAAAAAAUGAAAGAUAUAAAAUGAGAAAUAAGCUCAAGUUAUGAAUCUUCAAAACUAUAACCUGGUGUGAACUUUUCAAAAAUUUCAGUAUCGUUUAAAUUAUGUAUUUGAAAAUUUUCACAAGAUGGUUUAUAUUCAUAUAUUAUGUGUGAUAAUAAUUAGCAUGUCAUUAAGAAGCAAUCGCCUUAUUGGUUAUAUGAAAUUAGGCAAUUUUACUAUGGAUAUAUUAUUUGACGCAUGAAUGCAAGCUCAGUAUCUCUUAUACUAAAAGUUAAAAAAAUAUAUCGAAAUAAUGCCACAGCUGCCCCUUCGUUUAAAAUGAAAAAAUAAUGGUCACUCGUCUUGUGUGUGUGUUUCUCGUGUACUCUGGUAAAACAUACACUUUCUAUUUUAAGCUUGCUUCUUUUAUAGAUGCCAUCUAAGACCAUCCUACAGCCUACUAAUUCCAAAUAAAUCUCAAAUCCUAGAUGCGUCACUGAAAUUUAUAUCACACUCGCAUUAUUCACAUUCAUAAAGGUUCAAAAUAAAUGUAUAAUUUACAAGACGGUUUAGUGUUAAAUCAUAUACCGGUAAUAUACUGCUAGGCCAUAUUAUCCUUAGAGAUUAUAUUAUAUAUUUAUUACGUAAAGCCUAACUAAUCUAAUGUCGUAAUUUAUUGACAUUUUUCCGCAUAGAAAACUCCCCAAGUCAGGUCUUUAUUACCGAUAAUCUUCACUUUGUUCUUCCAUACGUCAGUCCAAUCGUCAACGAAUUGUUGGUCAAAUUCCUGAAACAAAAAGUUAGUUAUAUAUCGAUAUAAGUUUAUUCAUAUUAGCCCAAAUAAUACGGUUUCGGCUUGAAACACAAGACUUGUGCGGAACGAUGUUCUAGUUGUUAUUUCAGUCGUCCGAUGGUCGACGACUGUUAGCACAAUGAUAAUGAUAAUGAGGAACAUUUUUAACAUAAACUUUUGUCAGUGACCAUUACUAAUAGCUCAGUUGGAUCAAAAUUUACAAAUAAAUAAUAUGUAGUUACAACCGUUACAUACAAAAG